AGAAUACAGCGAAGCUAUCAACUCCGAACAAGUUUAACUCUGAUUCAAUUGAUCUUUUGUCGAGAAUGAGUUUGUCCAAAACAAGAUGAUUGACGCAAUCUUAUCUUGUCGGCAGGGUUUCUACAAAUUGAAAGGAAUCAAAGACCGUAGCAACAGACUCGAUGAUUGUGCCAAAAAACAAAAUGGCUACCAGGAACGCAGACUGAACAAAUACCUGGUUUGUAUAAAAAAGGAGCACGAAGGCACAAUGGACAAGUUGAAGAUACAAGAACGCGAACUUAACCAAAGAAAUUCCAUGCUGUCGGAGUACCUGCAGAAGGAGCAAGAGAGAAAGGAACUAGAGGAGCUUCAGAGACAGGAGCUGAUCAGUAAUCCGGUGACAGUAGCGUUCCCCAGCAUCGACGAGAGGAGAGGUGGGACAGCUGAGGGGAGGAAAGGAAAUAAGCAGGAGAGACGAGGAAGCAGAAUGGAAUCGAAAACCUCGUCUCCCAAAAACAGGAACAGAAAAGUACCGAUGAGGAUGCUCCAGCGACGAGGAAGUGUUAAUAUUCAGCUAUUACACGUUGUCGGUUCGACUUCCUCCGGAAUGCUUAUGAGAGAGCAAUCCGAUGAGGAUAUAAGUAGGCCCAGUACAGGCGGGUUAAAGCUACCACCGCUCAGGGAGGAACUGGCUACUAACAGAAGAUGAACUCGCAGGUGUGUCAUUAAUCAAUCUGCAGUUCUUCAGUGUAUUGCGACUGAAUUUAAUGAAAUAUAACUUUAAGUCGGGACGGAGGUGGAC